AUGUCUCAGAAUAAGGAAGAGGCCAUCAAGGUCAAAGAUGAAGGGAAUCAGUACUUGAAAGAACACAAGUUUGACGAGGCCAUAAGCCUGUACACCAAAGCCAUUGAGCUUGACCCCACUAAUGCCGUGUUUUACUCCAAUCGAGCUCAAGUUAAUAUAAAGAUGGAAAAUUACGGUUUAGCUAUUCAGGAUUGUGACUCAGCACUUGCAGUAAACCCCAACUUCCUCAAAGCGUAUUAUAGGAAAGGUGUUGCUCAAAUGGCGAUAUUGCAACACAAGAAGGCGCAACAGAAUUUUCAAAUUAUAUUGAAGAAAUUACCCAAUGAUGCCUUGACUUUGGAAAAUUACAAACAAUGUACCAAUUACUUGAAAAGACAAGCUUUUGAAAAAGCCAUUGCUGGAGAAGACCACGUUUCCAUUUUAAACACCAUUGAUUACGAGGGAAUCCAGGUGGAGAAGACAUGGGAAGGGCCUGGUUUGCAAAUUAGCACCACUAAAUCUAAGGACGUGAACAACAAGGAGCAAGUGGUGGUGAAUAUUGAAGGAUUGGAUGAAGACUAUCUCAAGUAUAUGAUUCAAUUAUUCAAAAAGGGAGGCAAGUUGCCCAAAAAACACGUCUUUGCCAUUAUUUCCAAAGUCAAUGAAAUAUUGAGACAAGAGCAAACGAUGACGGAAAUUUCCAUCAAGCAUUCGAAGUUGAAGGCUCCUGAGAACAAGGACGAAAUUACUGGAGGACUGAAGUUAACUGUUGUUGGAGAUACACAUGGUCAAUUUUAUGAUGUAUUGAAUUUAUUCAAGAAAUUCGGUUACGUUUCCAAGGAUCAUGUUUACUUAUUCAAUGGUGACUUUGUUGAUCGUGGAUCUUGGUCUUGUGAAGUGGCAUUAUACUUGUAUGUGUUGAAGAUUCUUUUCCCUCAAUCUAUUUUCCUCAAUCGUGGUAAUCAUGAAACUAGCGAUAUGAACAAGACGUAUGGGUUCACUGAUGAAUGUGAAGCCAAGUAUUCGAAAAAGAUUUUUGAUGCAUUUAGUGAAUCUUUUGGUGCAUUGCCAUUGGCGACCUUGAUUAACCGAGAAUACUUGUGUAUGCACGGAGGAUUGUUUUCUGACGAUAAGGUGACAUUGCAAGAUAUCAAAUCAUUGAACCGGUUCCCCAAGAAUGGAUCAACGCAACCACCUAAGGAAGGAGUUGCUAUGGAGUUAUUAUGGACCGACCCACAAGAAGAAAAUGGAAGGUCGCCUUCGAAACGUGGAAUUGGAAUGCAAUUUGGACCUGAUAUAACUGAAAGGUUCUGUCUUUCAAACAAGGUACGAAAAAUUUUACGAUCACAUGAAGUUAGGAUGAGCGGUGUUGAAGAAGAACAAAAGGGAAGAUUGAUUACGGUGUUUAGUGCCCCCGAUUACUGUGAUUCUACUGGUAAUUUGGGUGGUGUUGUUCAUUUCACUGAAAAUGAUGGUUAUGAUCCAGAAAAGGAUGAUGGUGAAGGAUAUAGGAAAGUUGACGAUGAUAAUUGUCCUUGGACCUUGACUCAAGAAACAUUUAAAGCUAGUCCGCACCCUGAUAUCAAACCAAUGGCCUAUUCUAAAGGUGGAUUUGGGUUCUAG